AAAACUCUCUCAGCUAAUCCAUAGGGUGGAGGAAGCAACAACAAGGGAAAUCAAAGGAAAGAGGAGUUGUUCUUGAGGAGUCGAAAUCGCCGGAAACCGCCACAUAUAGGGAGCUGUUCGUAAUUGCAGACUACGAAAGCCGCCCGGCUUUCGUGAAAGCCGCUCGGCUUUCGUGAAAGCCGCCCGGCUUUCGUGAAAGCCGCCCGGCUUUGGCCCAGAAAUCCAGCUUUUCUCUUUCAAACGGCUUAGAACGGGGGUUUAUCGAGGGGCUUAUCAAAGGCAACUAUUGUAGCACAUCACGAGGUAUCCCAGUGAAAAUGAUGAACGUCAAAGGCCUUGCGGACCUGAAGAAGAAAAAACCUUCCAAGGGCCCGAGGGGGACGGACGCUGGUGUCCCGAAACCUGCCGGUGACUUUUUCAAGAAGCCGGAGGGGCCAUCGGCGGGCCCAAGUGCUGACGCGACUGCUGCCGCCAAAAGGAAGGGCACAGACAGAGAUCCCGAGGGCAAAAAGCCCAAGACCGGGGAUGCCGGGAAGAAAGUCCCCCCGGUGAUCAUUGUUGAUGAAUGCCCCGCCUCCGGGGUGCAUGAGGAGAUGCCGGUGGCGAAAGUGCCGUCGGGUGUUCAGGGGCCAUCUUCCGAGGUCCUCAUGGUUUCCCUCCCGGCUGGUACGGGCGUGAUGAACGGCACGGCUGACCCGAGGGCGCUUCUGAGAGGCAUAACCCUCGAGAUUGACAGAGUAGCCCUCGGGGCUGAUGAAGAUGAAGCCCUCGAGGACAGGAUCCUCCGGUCUUCCCUCACGACCUGCAUUGCCCUCGGGGAGCAGGCCCGGCGGCUAGAGGAGUGGCGCCUUCGCAAGGCUGAGCAGGAUGCUAAGAUGCGGGAGCUCAUCCGCCAGAAGGCUGAUGCUGUCCGGCAGAUGGCUAUGCUGGAGGAGAGACUUCGGCUGAUGACCCUGCGGGCGGAGGCCGCAGAUCGGGGCAGGGCGGAGGCUGAGAGGUCCGCAACUGAGGCUUUGGAGAGAGCUGCCAGGGAGAGCGAGGCCGCGAAGAUGGAAGCCGUUGAGAGAGCCCGAGGGGACGCAAUCUCGGGGUUCUUGGCAGGCGGGUGGCGGGCCGAGGAGCACAAGCAAUGGCUGUCCUCGGUCGUCGAGUCCUCGGUUGACGAGUGGUGCGAUGGGCCUGGUGUGGAGUGGGUUUCCCGAAAGGGUAAACAAUACUAUGAUGGGGGCGAGUUUUUCACCCAAGCCCUCAUCUACCGGAGGAUGGCUCGCCACUUGAAGAUUGAGCCAAAGGACUUCGACCCGGC